AUGGCGGCAAGAAAGAAAGACGGUGGACCUGAUCCAAAAUAUUUCGAAUGGGGCGAUACUCUGGCUAAAUAUGAAGUAUUACGAGAAUGGCUAGCUAAAAAUUACAAAAAGUACUUGCAGAAUGAAUCAGUCACCAAUAAAACCUUGGCUACGUUAACCAUGAACUUACUACAGUUCCAAGAGGAUACUUUUGGUAAAGGAUCCAAUAAUCCUCCGUUGCCUAAAUUACCUAUUAAGUUAUUCUAUAAUUAUACACCUGGCGGAUCGUUAUGCCACAUCCUAGCGACAGCCUACAAAUGGAAAGUUGAACAAGGAUGGCGCCGAUUUGAUUUCCAAUCACCCUCACGGGUUGACCGCAAUGUCGAAAUGUUUAUCAAUAUACAGAAAAUAUUGUUACAGAACAAGUUGCUAACCUUUCCUUUGGUUUACAUUGUUGAUUCUGUCGAUCAAAAAUUAAGGGAAAAAUUGAUAGCCAUUGUCAAAAAGUACCAGGGAUCUAUUGUUGAUCAAAUAAACGUAGCCACACAUGUGGUCUAUCCACCUCCGCCUCCAAUUCCUGAUGAGGAUUGGUUGAGACCUUUGCAUAAAAGGAACAAUUUAGUGUUAGUCCAUUGGUGGUACUUUCCUGAUAGCUAUGAUACUUGGGUCCCUGAAAACGAUAUUGAAGAAGAACCGGAACCGCAGCCGCUUCAUGUUGGGCAGUGGGAGGUAAAUAGUAGAUGGUUGACUGAUUUGGAUAUCUUCCACGAAUGGAUGAAUGAAGAAGAUUAUGAGAUACAGGAUGGAGAAUCGGAAAUUCAGCAUUCUCCUGUAAUAUAUUGUAUUACUCUGUUACGAGCUUCAGUUACCGAAACGCCAAGUCUAACUAUGACAGUACGAAAAAGAAAGAAGUCGCCUUCACCUGAAAAUGCCAAGAAAAAAAAGAAAAUCAGGUCGGUUGUGACCCUGGCAGGUGUUAUUACAGAAGAUUUAACGAAAGACAUGGAAAAUCCCCCUCCUGUUCCUAAUGUUAAGGAAGUUGCAAUUCCGCCAGAAGCGUCGCGUGAAAGUGAUUUUACCCCCAGUCGCAGCGGACAAUUAACGGACAUUGGCAGCGAAAUUUGGCUUGAUGGAGCUUUAGAACCGGUACAGCCUGGAGAGGACCUUCGUAUAGAAGCUGUUGAACAAGCACACGUUAUCGUAAUACCGAGCUAUUCGGCAUGGUUUGAUUAUAAUAGCGUUCAUGCUAUUGAGAAACGAGCCUUACCAGAAUUUUUUACUGGCCGAAAUAAAUCUAAGUCGCCUGAAAUCUAUUCAGCUUACCGAAAUUUUAUGGUUGAUACAUAUCGUCUUAAUCCUGGAGAAUAUUUAACAUGCACUGCAUGCAGAAGGAAUUUAGCCGGGGAUGUUUGCGCUAUUUUACGUGUUCACGGUUUUCUGGAACAAUGGGGACUAAUUAAUUACCAAGUCGACAGAGAACUAAAGCCUAGCCCUAUGGGACCACCAUCUACCUCCCAUUUUCAUGUUCUAGCUGAUACACCAUCUGGCUUACAGCCUGUAUUGCCUCCAAAGCCUGCAACCAAAGCUGUUGAUCAAAUGAUAACCUUUAACAAUAAUACUACCAAAAGCGAAGGACAGGAUAAAAGUGAUAGUCUAACCAAUUAUGGCCUCAAGACUGAUAUAUAUGCAGCCAGUGCACAAAAAUCGAAAGCACUAUCUCAUUUAUCGCGAGACUGGACAGAUCAGGAAACAUUGCUUUUAUUAGAGGGCCUAGAAAUGUAUAAAGAUGACUGGAAUAAGGUAGCCAACCAUGUCGGAAGUCGAACUCAUGAUGAAUGUAUCUUACAUUUCUUGAGAUUACCAAUUGAAGAUCCUUACUUGGAUGAAUCAGAUUUGCAAUUAGGUCCAUUAAUUAACCAACCUAUACCUUUCAGCCGAUCUGGUAAUCCAAUUAUGUCAACAGUGGCUUUUCUUGCGGCUAUUGUUGAUCCUCGUGUUGCCAGUGCUGCUGCUAAAGCUGCAAUAGGUAAUCGUAAGGUUCUUAAUUAA